AUGUCAAGUUCCGAUCGUAAAAGAAGAAGAGACAGUCUUCAGGGUGGUGCAGACGACGACCAUGCCUCUCCAGCAGCAGCACCUGGAUCACCUUUGCCAUCCGAUCCUCUUCCCUCUGAAGUGCUCCCCUCGUCACCAGCGCCCUUCUUUUCUGAAAUCGAAUACCGUAACGAUGCUGACGACGUGAUUGACGAUGAAGAAGCCAUUGAAUCCGAUGGAGGUGAAGAUCUCUUUGGCUCUGACAUGGAAAGAGAUUAUCAGGUCAACCCACAAUUGGAUCGAUAUGAAGAACGAGGCCUUGAUGAAGAAGACUAUGAUCCCUUGGAUCUUGCUACACGCAACGCAGUGGAUGCUCAACUACGACGCCGUGAUGUGGAGAUUCGUCGACGUGAAGGCCGACUUGCCAAUGCCUUUAUGGAUGGCCUUGAUGAUGAAGAAGAAGCCGGCAUGCCUAUCAUCACUUCUCGUCCUCGACGCAGACAUAAUUAUGACGUGGAUCCAUUGGAUGAUAUGGAGGAUGGUGCUGUGCCUGAAAUGUCCUUGGAGGAUUUGCGUAAUGUCAAGACUGCCAGUAUCAGUGAAUGGGUCAGCCAAGAAGCACCUCGACGAGCCGUCAAGCGUGAAUUCAAAAACUUUUUGCAAACCUAUGUGGAUGAACAUGGUACUUCAGUUUAUGGUGAACGUAUUCGUGACAUGGGUGAACGCAACAAGGAAUCGUUUGAAAUCAACUAUGAGCAAUUGGUGGAAAGCAAACCUGUGCUUGCCUACUUUUUGGCCAAUGCUCCCAUUGCCAUGUUCAAGAUUCUCGAUGAAGUGGCUCUUGAGGUGACCUUGAUGCAAUAUCCUGAAUACGAACGCAUUCAUCGUGAAAUCCAUAUCCGCAUCACCGAUUUGCCUACUGUCAACACCCUUCGCGACUUGCGUCAGAGCCAACUCAAUUGCCUUGUUCGUGUCAAUGGUGUUGUUACACGUCGUACCGGUGUCUUUCCUCAGCUCAAAUGGGUCAAAUACAACUGCGGCAAAUGUAACGAAUUGCUCGGCCCCUUUUAUCAAGAUAUUCACAGCGAAAUCAAGAUUCGUACUUGUCCCAGCUGUCAAAGCAAAGGUCCUUUCAACGUCAACAUGGAGCAAACAGUCUACCGCAACUAUCAAAAGCUCACCAUCCAAGAAAGCCCUGGUACCGUUCCCCCUGGUCGUCUUCCUCGCCAUCGUGAAGUUAUUUGCUUGUGGGAUCUUAUUGAUGCUGCCAAGCCUGGUGAAGAAAUUGAAGUGAUCGGUGUUUACAGAAACAACUUUGAUGCGUCAUUGAGUACCAAGAAUGGUUUCCCUGUAUUCGCCACCAUCAUUGAAGCCAACUAUAUCAACAAAAAGGAGGACAUGUUUGCUGCCUAUCGAUUGACCGACGAUGAUAAAAAGAUGAUUCAAAACAUGGCCAAGGAUAAGCGGAUUGGUCGCAAGAUCAUGAAGAGCAUUGCGCCAUCCAUCUAUGGACACGAUGAUAUCAAACGAGCCAUUGCCUUGUCGCUCUUUAGUGGUGUUCCCAAGAAUAUUCAGGGCAAGCAUCAAAUUCGUGGUGAUGUCAAUAUCCUUAUGCUUGGUGAUCCUGGUACCGCCAAGUCGCAAUUCCUAAAGUAUAUCGAAAAGACAGCCCAUCGAGCAGUAUUCACAACCGGCCAAGGUGCCAGUGCUGUCGGUUUAACAGCCUCUGUGCACAAGGAUCCAAUUACUCGGGAAUGGACACUUGAAGGUGGUGCGCUUGUAUUGGCUGAUCGUGGUGUUUGUUUGAUUGAUGAGUUUGACAAGAUGAAUGACGCUGACAGAACAUCCAUUCACGAAGCCAUGGAACAACAAUCGAUUUCUAUAUCCAAAGCUGGUAUUGUCACAACGCUGCAGGCUCGGUGUUCAGUGAUUGCAGCGGCCAAUCCUAUUCGUGGUCGAUACAAUGCAUCCAUACCGUUUGCACAAAACGUCGAAUUGACCGAACCCAUUUUAUCUCGUUUCGAUGUCCUUUGUGUUGUCAAGGACACGGUUGAACCUGAACAAGACCAUAUUCUUGCCGAAAAUGUGAUCAGCAGCCAUAUUCGCAGCCAUCCACAAUUUGACGCCAACAAUGAUCAUGCCUUGCCCGCCGAAGAAGACGCUGAUCUUAUUCCUCAAGACAUUCUUCGCAAGUACAUCAUGUAUGCUCGUGAAAAGAUCCAUCCCAAAUUGCAUCAACUCGACGAAGAUAAGCUCUCACGCCUGUAUUCCGAAUUACGUCGCGAGUCCCUCGUCAGCGGUAGUAUCCCCAUCACCGUACGUCACUUGGAAUCCAUGGUCCGAUUAGCUGAAGCACACGCCAAAAUGCACCUUCGAGAAUACGUACGAUCAGAUGAUGUCGAUAUGGCUAUCAAGGUGGCAUUGGAAAGCUUCAUCAGCGCACAGAAAUUCAGCAUGAUGAAUACACUGAGAAAGCGUUUCCGCCAAUACAUUACAAGUGCCCAAGACCGAGACGAAUUGUUACUUUCUACCUUGGAAUCUAUAUGCCGUGAAAAGUCUCGAUUGCAUCAAAUUCGCCACCGGGCGGUUCCUUCAGAGAUUAAGGUGGAUGUAGAGGAUCUCGAAAGCAGGGCCCGUCUCAUGAAAAUAUACAACAUUGAAUACUUCCUCAACUCGCAACUUUUCUCCAAACACAACUUUAUCCACGACACCGAUGCACGUGUUAUUAUCAAACGUUAUAAUUAG